AUGGAGGCAUCCGGAAACGGAUCCAGUUUUGGAAUCGACUCGCUGCUUUCCCACCGACCGGGCAGUCCGAUGUCCAAGGGGGGCAGCCUGGUGGGGGACUGCCGCUCGCCGCUCGAGUUCAGCCCGAGGUCGGAUGUGGAGAGCGGCUGCUCAUCUCCUCCGUCGCCCCGGAGGGAAUGCGUGGAGGAAGUAUCGCAGAGACAGGGCCACGGCAUCGGUCUCCCGCAGCACCUGCAGCACGCGCAGAUCUCCGCCGGGUCCCAGCAGCGGACGGUGACGUCGUCCUUCCUCAUCAGAGACAUCCUGGCGGACUGUAAACCUUUGGCCGCCUGCGCGCCCUACUCGAGUAACGGGCAGCCUACCCAGGAGACGGGGAGGCUUGGGUCGAAAAUUGCGGAUGACUUCAUGGAUAAAAUCCACAGCAACUCCUCGUCGGACAGUGAAUAUAAAGUGAAGGAGGAGGGCGACAGGGAGAUCUCGAGCAGCAGGGACAGCUCGCAGGUGCGGCUGAAGAAACCCCGGAAGGCGCGAACGGCGUUCACUGACCACCAGCUCGCCCAGCUCGAGCGCAGCUUCGAGCGACAAAAGUACCUGAGCGUGCAGGACCGCAUGGAGCUCGCGGCCUCCCUCAACCUCACGGACACGCAGGUCAAGACCUGGUACCAGAACCGGAGGACUAAGUGGAAGAGGCAGACGGCGGUUGGACUGGAGUUGUUAGCGGAAGCCGGUAAUUAUUCUGCCCUGCAGCGGAUGUUCCCGUCCCCUUACUUCUACCCUCAAAGCCUGGUGUCCAACCUGGACCCGGGAGCAGCGCUCUACCUGUACAGAGGACCCUCGGCGCCCCCGCCGGCGCUUCAGAGACCCCUGGUCCCCAGGAUCCUCCUGCACGGCCUUCAGGGGGGCAGCGAGCCGCCCCCUCUCCCCCCUCUCUCCGGCGUGCUCUCCCGGCCGGGCCAGCAACGCUGGUGA